AUGAUUGCUAACGGGCUUUCGAAAGGCCUGUUGCUUUUGCAACUACUGGGUGCAUUGGUAUCUGGUAAAGCGAUAUCGUCGACGCCGCUUUAUAAGGAUGCUAGUGCACCGAUAGAGAAAAGGAUUGAGGAUUUGCUGGGGAGAAUGACUGUCGAGGAGAAGAUGGCUCAAUUGAUACAAGGCGAUAUCACUAAUUGGAUGAACGAGACGACGGGUGCUUUCAACUAUAGUGGACUGGUGGCUAAUAUGGAGGAGAAGGCUGGCAUGUUCUACGUCGGAUACCCGGUUUCCUGGGAUUGGUUGACAGAGAAUAUUAAGCGAGGCCAAGACUAUCUGAUGCAGAAUACCACGUUGGGUAUCCCUGCCCUUGUUCAAUCAGAAGGUCUUCACGGGUUCUUAAUUGGCAAUGCUACCAUUUUCAAUUCCCCAAUCGGUAUUGGAAGCUCAUGGAACCCGAGCCUUGUUCGAAAAAUGGGAGAAGUCAUUGGUACCGAGGCUCGAGCCUUGGGUGCAAAUCAGCUUUUCGCGCCCGAGGCCGAUCUGGCGCGUGAGCUUCGAUAUGGACGGGUCGAAGAAACAUUUUCGGAGGAUUCUUUCCUGGCGGGCGAGAUUGCUUAUAGCUACAUCACAGGUAUCCAGAGCAAAAAUGUGUCUGGCAUGGUCAAGCACUAUGCGGCCUACAGUAAUCCCGAGCAAGGAUUAAACACUGGACCCGUUCAUGGAGGAGAAAGAGAAUUGCGCACAACAUGGCUGCCAUCAUACAAGCGCGCAAUUAUUGACAGUGGUGCAUGGGCUGUCAUGACUGCCUACUCAUGCUACGAUGGAAUCCCCAUGGUCGCGGAUUACCACGCUCUUACAGAGAUUUUGAAGGAAGAGUGGGGAUAUGAUUACUUCGUCAUGACUGACGCUGGUGGUAGUGACAGACUUUGCACUUAUUUCAAGAUGUGCCAAAGCAGUCCAAUUGAUAUGAACGCUGUGACCCUGCAGCUCAUGGAGGCUGGCAUUGACGUGGAAAUGGGCGGUGGCUCCUAUAACUUCCAAAAGAUCCCCUCGCUGGUCAAUUCUGGAAAGCUUGAUAUUUCUAUUGUCAAUGCCGCCGUUACAAGACUCCUUCGUGUGAAGUUCGAGAUGGGCCUAUUCGAAAAUCCAUACUCUGCUGCAAAUAAGAGCCAAUGGUCUUCCCUCAUCAAUACUGCUGAGCACAAGCAGAUUGCCAAGGACUUGGACAAAGAGUCAAUCGUUCUCUUGGAGAAUCACGACCAGACAUUGCCUCUGAAAAAGUCUGGUAGCAUUGCCGUGAUUGGUCCCAUGGCGCAUGGGUUUAUGAAUUACGGUGAUUAUGUCGUCUACGAAAGCCAGUACCGGGGUGUAACUCCAUUGGAUGGUAUCAAAGCCGCAGUUGGCGAUAGUGCAACAAUAAACUACGCCCAAGGAUGCGAACGUUGGAGCAAUGAUCAAUCCGGCUUCGAUGAAGCGGUUGAAGCUGCAAAGAAGUCCGACGUUGCCAUUGUCGUUGUAGGAACCUGGUCUCGCGAUCAAGUCCAGCUUUGGGAAAGCUACAACGCAACCACUGGUGAAGAUGUCGAUGAAGACAACCUCGCGCUCGUGGGUGCCCAAGGACCUCUCGUCAAAGCCAUCGCCGACACAGGUGUGUCGACAAUCGUCGUUAUCUCGAGUGGUAAACCCAUAACAGAUUUCUGGCUCUCCAACGGUACCUCAGCACUACUACAACAAUUUUACCCAUCGGAAGAAGGAGGCAACGCACUCGCAGAGGUGUUAUUCGGUGACUACAAUCCGUCCGGUAAAUUAUCCGUCAGCUUCCCGCAUUUCGUCGGAGAUCUACCAGUCUACUACGAUUACUUGAACUCAGGUCGCUCGGUCUGGACUUCUGGAACUGAGUAUGCGAACGGGACUCUUGACUUCGGUCAUAACUAUGCGCUCGGUACCCCCAUGCCCUGGUAUCCAUUUGGUUACGGGAAGAGUUAUUCAACCUUUGAGUAUGGCACUGUCAGUGUUGAUAACAGCAAGAUCUCCUCCACGGAUACUGUUGUUACGGUGAGUGUUGAUGUGAAAAAUACGGAUACUACCCGCGAUGCGACGGAGGUUGUGCAGGUUUACAUCUCCGAUGAGAUUGCGUCGGUUGUUGUGCCGAAUCGACAGCUGAAGGGCUUUGAUAAGGUCUUGAUUCCUGCUGGCAAGACGACGACUGUUAAAAUCCCCAUCAAGGUUGCGGAUAUUGGGCUUUGGAAUAAUCGGAUGAAGUACGUUGUUGAGCCUGGCGAGUUCACCGUGUUGGUCGGAAGCAGUUCCGAUGAUAUCAGGGGAAAUACCACCUUCACUGUGCUGUAA